UAUACUGCUAUCCAUGUUUCCAAACAGUACUAUUUUUUAACUACUAUUCAUAUUGCCAAACAAUUUCAAUGUGUCCUUCAACUUUAAUAAUAUAGAUUCUCUAAAAGUGACUCAGCAUUUACAACAAUAGUUUCACCACGAGAUGUCAGAGGCAAUCAAAGAGGAGUUUUGUUAUUUUAAUGCUUGUUUUAUAUAAUACUAAAGAUUGGUCCGUUCUUUGCGCGGAAAGAUUACUCUCAUUAAGCUUUGGUUUAACAUUUAUUUUUGAAUUGAAGAGUUUGGUUUUAUGUUAUGUGUGAAUCUCUAUUAUUGUGGUUACUCUUCUUUAUUUUCUUAUCAUCUCUUUUCGUUGAACUUGUUUGUAAAAGGAGAUUAAGCCUCAGUCUUGUUGCAUUGAGGAAAUUUCCUUGUACGAUUAUUGAGAUAGUCUGAAUGGGACUAUGUUCUGUUUUUAUUUUCUAAUCAGUUUUGAGACCUCUAGUAGUCUUUUCAUUUGAUUCUUAUGAUUGUGUGGCGCGUGAAGACCGGAGGGUACCAAUUUUCUUUACCUGACCAACACGUAACAUAAUAUAAAACGGAAACAACGUCGUUAUUUGCCAUGUUGAAGUUUCGAGCAGACGUUGAAGUUUUGAGAAGACGUCGAAGUUUCCACGUACGGUUUAGGUUACUAUAGAGAAAAAUCUCUUCCUUCCUCGUUUUGUCACAGUAAAAAGUCAGAGUUUUUAUAUAAGGUUUUCUCACUGAUGAAAACGAUAUGAUGAGAUGAAAGUAGAUUACGAAUCCAUUUUUUUAUAUAUAUAAAGCCAAACUAAAGGUUUUAAUAAUAAGAACGUCAAAUGUUUAUAUAGAUGGAAAAUUUACUUCUCCUUCGUCUCUAUUGUUGUUAUCUUUGCUUCUUUCUUCUCCUAACCAUCAACGGCGUUCACACCACAACCUACGUCUGCGGCGAUGAAAACUUCUCCCCAAACACAACCUACGACCAAAACCUCGAAGCUCUCUUGCCUUCUCUUGCUUCAAAGGUUAUCACAGAAGGCGGUUUCUACAACGCUUCGCUAGGCCGAGUUUACGCUCUUUCCCUUUGUCGAAAACACUAUGGAGCUCAAGACUGUAGGCGCUGCGUCGAUAGAGCAGGUAGGAAUCUCUUAACACAGUGCCAAGGCAAAACAGAAGCGUAUCACUGGGAUUCCGAAACCUUUGAAAACGUUUCUUGUCUAGUACGUUACUCAAAUAUCCCUACAUUUGGAAAGCUAAAGCUUGAGCCCUUGUUGAAUAUUCCUCACUCAAAUGUUCUCCCCUCUUUGAACGUGACUCGAAUCAGCCAAGAGUUCAGCGCCAGGGCUAACCAAACACUCGAGGUUGCAUCCAAGGCUGAUGAAUCUUCGGUGUUGAAGUACUAUGGAGUCUCAAGUGCGGAGUUCACAGAUAUUCCUGAGGUCUAUAUGUUGAUGCAGUGCACACCUGAUCUAUCUUCCGCCGACUGUUACCAUUGUCUAAAAGAGAGUGUUGCCUAUAAUCAAGAAGAGAACCAGAAAAGAAAAGGGGGAACGGUUGCACGUCCUAGUUGUUAUUUUAGAUGGGAUGAUUACUCUUUUGCAGGGGCUUUCGAUGAACUAGAGAGAGUUGCAGCGCCUCCUGGACAUCAUCAACAUCUAGAAGAUUCUCCGGUCAAGAGAGGAAGAAUUUUUCAACCGUGGAGUGUUGUGGUUAUUGUUAUUCCCCUGGUCAUAUAUCUUGUCGUGUUUGUUGCUUUUUUUCUUGCUUAUCGCCGGAUGCAGAGGAGGUUUCGUGCACAAAUCAACGAUAGUUCUGGUUUUGAUGGUCAAUCUAUGAUAAGAUUUAAUCUUGACAUGAUCUUGAUCGCAACCAAUGAGUUCUCGCUAGAAAAUAAGCUUGGUCAAGGUGGAUUUGGAUCGGUCUACAAGGGUAUUUUACCGUGCGGGAAAGAGAUAGCUGUAAAAAGGUUAGCUAGAGGUUCAGGACAAGGAGAUUUAGAGUUUAGGAAUGAAGUUUUACUUUUGACAAGACUCCAACAUAGGAAUCUAGUUAAGCUCCUUGGAUACUGUAAUGAAGGAGGUGAAGAGAUUCUUGUCUACGAGCUUGUCCCUAAUUCAAGUCUUGAUCACUUUAUAUUUGAUGAAGACAAUCGUCGACUACUUACUUGGGAUGUGAGGUGUAGAAUCAUAGAAGGAGUUGCAAGAGGGCUUCUUUAUCUCCACGAGGAUUCUCAGCUGAGGAUUAUUCAUAGAGAUUUAAAGGCUAGCAAUAUCCUUUUAGACGCGGAUAUGAACCCUAAAGUCGCAGACUUUGGGAUGGCCAGGUUGUUUAACAUGGAUGAGACUCGAGGAGAGACAAGCAGAGUAGUUGGAACCUACGGAUAUAUGGCUCCAGAGUACGUGAGACACGGGCAAUUCUCAGCAAAAUCUGAUGUUUACAGCUUCGGUGUUAUGCUUUUAGAGAUGAUAUGUGGUGAAAGAAACAAGAACUUUGAAGUAGAAGGACUUCCUGCUUUCGCAUGGAAGAGAUGGGUCGAAGGAGAGCCUGAGAGUAUAAUCGAUACUCACUUAAGAGAACAUCCGAUAAACGAGAUCAUAAAGUUGAUUCAGAUUGGUUUGUUGUGUGUUCAAGAGAAUGCAGCAAAUAGACCAACCAUGAAUUCUGUAAUAAUUUGGCUUGCAAGAGACGGUACUUUUACCAUUCCUAAACCUACAGAAGCUGCUUUUGUCACUCUCCCUCUCUCGGUGAGAAGAUCCAUGAAUAAGUCUAAAGACAAAGAUUCUAAGUUUUCAGUGGACGAGGUUUCAAUUAGUGUGUUGUAUCCUCGGUGAAUCUUCAACUUUAACUAUCCCUUGCGAGGUUAUAUAGUUCUUCGAGACAAGUUAACCUCAUCAGCAUUCGAAGACGUAAUAACGGUGUUGGAUAGCUUAAGAUAUACUAGCCUUUGACCCGCGCGUCCGCGCGGAUUUCAUUUUUUUAUAAAAAUGAUUAAUUAAUAUUUUUUAAUACUUUAGAUAAAUAACAUUUACUAUAUAUUACAUAUAUGUUUUAUAA